GUAUCCAUGGCAACAGUUUUUCUGUAUAAAUUUAUCCGUCUCGCGGGUCGGUGUUCAUAGAAAAAUGUUAAAAAUUUAUUGAGUGUAAUUUUCAAUGAUAUUUUUAUAUCUUCCUCCCUCUUUUUUUUUUAAUACACAACAACACGAUUUGCCAUUCCCGGAAAUGCGAGAUCGCCCGUGCAAUUAAAAUUCCCAGUGUAUCGUCAUCGGAAUAUAUUAUCAUAACGUCAGCGGGCACCGACCAUAGCGACCGAGAAGCAUCUUCCGGGAGUUCCCCGUGAGAUGAGACCAUCCGAACGACCUAGCCAUGACUCCCAGAAAAUCGCCAAGGAUCGAGGCCCUAGUGGUGAACGCGAUAAAGAGGCUGCAAGACAUGCAAGGGUCCACGUCUAAGGAGAUCAGCAAUUACAUAUCGCAGGAAUACAAUGUACCAGCACCAAAGGUCAGGAAGCAUGUCAACAUUGCCCUACGCCGUGGACUCUCCUUCGGGGUCCUGCAUCGGUCUAAGGGGGGUUACUACAGAUGCGGCGAUCAAGACAUCAGGAACGGCCCAAUGGACGCCGUGGAGGACAUCGUCCUGAAGCGCGGGCGCCGAGGGUGCAAGCGUCACUCCCGGCGUCGUAGACGAAAGAGACGUAGCCGUCAUGGCCGCUGCAAGUCCCGCCGAAGAAGACGUAGAAAGUCGUGCAGAAGACCCCGCCGAAGGUCCUGCAGAAGACCGCGCCGUCAUCGCAGGAGAUGUAAGUCCAAGAGUAGACGCAGGAGGAGACGCAGGAAGAUGGGAAGAUGCUGCGACGGGGAUGCCGGAGACAGGGUGACCUUCUCCGGGAGACGAGGUCCGCGAAACGACAGCUUCAGGGGGGACAUCAACGGGAGCGAACGAUCCUCCGGGUCGGAUCUGUCCGGCGGGAGACGUGCGGAUGAGGUUGCACCUGGUCAGGACUUUUCGCCGUCCUCGGGUAAUUGUCUGGACUGAACGUCGAUAUCAUCGGUCCCUGUUAUACCGACGCGCAAAGCCGUGAAUGAAUGUAUCGUGAAACUUUGACAUUGUUUUUUAUUCCACGUAAAAAAAAAAAAAUUAAUAAAUUCACGUCUCAUUUGUUUUAUACAAAA